AUGUUAUGGGAAAUAUGGAAGGGACGUAACUCAUCUCGAUUUGCAGGCCAAGUGAUGCGUGCCACAGAGAUUAUGAGGCACGUGACACAAUGGCUUCGGAGUACUCAUUCCUUAGUGCCAAACAAAACGAAACGCUCGCGUUCUGUUUGUGAGGCUUUUGGGCUUUGGGGACUCCAUAUCAUACCUACACAGACCUGGACUAUUAUCCGAUCUGUUAGAUGGACACCACCGAGGGCUGGACGGUGGAAACUCAACGUCGACGGAGCAUCUCAAGGCAACCCAGGACCGUCUGGAGGAGGAGGUAUCUUACGCGAUAGUACAGGAUGCAUUCUCUUUGCCUUUUCGAACUUUUAUAAUAUAUGA